AUGUUCGACAAUGUCUUGCUCGGACAUGAUGCCGAGUUGAGUCCGAUCCCCAGAAGCUAUCGAAGCUCCGAUCGCCUAAUUUACACCCUAUCCGAGGAAGACUCAGAGAGAGAGCCCCAAAGAAAAUCUCUAGAAUAUGAGCCGCGAUCGAAACAAGAAACAUUCGGUCGCCAAAGAAGGGGUCUUUUUAGAGGUUGGAAGUUCACGGCGUUUCUGGCUUUCACGUCGAACGUGGUCGUAUUCUUCUUCAAUGCGGGAUUUCUCAUUUAUUCAGCCACUAGUACUCGCAAUGGAGAUGGAAUGACUAUUGUGAAGGGAGAUUGUGACAAGGUGCACCGUUGGGCCAAAGCAAUGCACUGGUUAAUUAACGUGUUGGGUACUGGUGUACUAAGUGCAAGUAACUUCGGAAUGCAAUGCUUGAUAGCUCCGACUAGAAAGGAUGUCGAUAGGGCUCACAGAAAAGGCAGCUGGCUCGAUAUUGGCGUACCAAGUGUUCGAAAUCUAUUCCGUAUAUCUUGGAAACGUUCAUUUCUAUGGCUAUGUUUAUGUUUCUCGUCUCUUCCUUUCCAUCUGUUCUACAACUCCACCGUUUACUACAAGACCGCAGUCCCAGCAUACGAGGUAUUCGCUGGUCCUGGGUCCUUGCAUCAGAUGGAGUGGCCAGAUUUGCAGUUGAACUCCAUAUCCAAGACCUCGGACAAGGGCGACUCUCUCAAAACGUUCCUCCAGGCCGCAAAGAACGGGUCAUUACGCCAUUUGGACAGUGCUAGUUGUGUCGCUGCCUUUGCACAGACUUACCAAGCAUCAUAUAGCAAGCUUCUCUUGGCAACGGAAUAUGCCCAGGAUAAUAAUUCAUACACACUCGUCUACACGAACCCUGUGUACCAGCCCAAAGAUAAUAGCAUCGAGAAACCUAUGCUUCCCUACCCAUGGGUCUGCCCCUCAGAUGGUGGUUCACAGCAAGUCUGCAAGGAGAACGGAACUCCUGCUGUUCAUAAAUGGGCUGAAAACAAAAAUUGGACCGUGAAUGUCCAGCCGGGCUAUAUGACAUCCGCUACACUGUCUGGCAGAACCAGCAACGCAGCAUUGCAGCCUGCAGUAUUCGCCUCCAUCGAUGGUCGCCGUCAUUGUUGCCAAUCUCGUGAAGACAGUAAUCCUGUUAUACAUAUGGCUUGGAAUGCCUCUCCCCCUCUCCUGACUGUCGGUGAUGGAAUUGCCUCUUUCCUACGCCGCAGUGAUCUCUACUCACUGGGCAUGUGUUUGCCAUCUGACGGCAGCGCAAUAUACACACACCCGGUUUACGCGAAACUUCCGUCACUCAAAAACAGAAAAUUGCGUCAUCCUGCCGUGUACACUGGUAAACGGAGACGAUGGGGCUCUAGUAUCUCUACUCGUUGGGGAUUUUUUAUUUUUUGGUGCGUUCCGUCCUUGUGGUUGCUAUCUAUCAUAGCUGGACUCGUUAUGCUUAAGUUUGGAUUGUCUAACACAAUCGGUAUAGACAUUUGGAAGACAAAGCUCGGAGACAUCAAUUCGCAAACAAUCAUCAGCACUGGUGAUAGUCAAGGAUUCGUCACCAACUCGAUCACGGCCAAUCUGCCACAACUCAUCUUUUCAUUCCUUUACGUGGCAUACAACAGUAUCUUGACCUCGAUGUGUCUUUCCGCCGAAUGGAGCCGCUUCGGCUCCCACCGCAAGGGCCUCCGCGUCUCUCAUAACCCUAGAUUAUCCCAGCGAAGCAAUUAUUUCCUUUCCCUCCCGUACCGCUAUGCAGUGCCACUCAUGGCGACCUCGGCUGUUCUCCACUGGCUUGUUUCACAGAGUCUGUUCAUCAUUGCUAUUGAAGCGUACAACACGCAUAUGGAAAGGGACCCCCUGCACGACGUGUAUGCCUGUGGGUAUUCGCCCCUAGCCAUUGUGAUUGCGACUUCAAUAGGAGCUGUCAUGUUUAUUUGUUUGAUCGGUUUAAGUCUCCGGCAGUUUGAAUCGACGAUGCCAGUGGCGGGGAGCUGCAGCUUGGCCAUUGCUGCGGCGUGUCAUCCCGGAUACAACCCUAAUGUGGAUAAGCCUGAACCUGUGGAGAUGGAGUCCGAAGACGAGGAGAAGGAUAUGGCUUUAUUGCCUCUUCAAUGGGGGUCGGUUUCGAUUGAUGGUCCUAUAGGGCACUGUAGCUUUACUUCUGGGGAUGUCCAUCCUCCCGAGAAGGGCCAGAAAUACCAAUAA